AUGGCCAGCCAGAAUUUCGAUACUCCCAUACCGUGCUGCAAUGUUUCGCCAGGAUUAGUCUCUGCAGACGACAAAUCGAGCUGGUGUCAGGCGAACUUGAAUACGUGCACUGAAGUCUGCGGCGGGCAAGGACAGACGAGUGGUAAUACAUGCGAUCGAACGUCACUUAACUACAGCUGCAAAUGCUCCAACGGCACAGACAUAACCUCAGCCUUGGCGGCGUACAGCUUCACUGUGCCGGGGCAAAUGUGCCAGUUCUGGUUCGGGCAAUGCAUCAGCGCAGCCAACGGAAAUUCACAACAGCAAUCCGAGUGCGACGGGGCCAGGAAUGCUAAUUGCGGGACUCGGAUGAUUGGCUCCGGUGCGCAGUCUUCUUUAAGAUCAGCAGCAGCUUCUGCUACAUCAGCUCAGGCAUCGGCUAGUAGAAGGGUUUCUGCAACUGCCGCUAGUCAGUCGAGUGACCCUCGUUUACCUGCAUCCUCGUCAUCUUCUUCGUCUUGGUCGUUGUUGACCGAUUUACCGACGAUCGCGCCCAACAAUAGGAAUCGCCCAUCGAAAAACCCCGGAUCAUCAAUAGGCGCAAUUGCCGGGGCUGUAGUAGGUGGUUUAUUGGGUUUAAUACUUGUGCUCACCUUGAUAUGGCUGUUCCUACGCCGGAGAAACGCAAGAAAAUCCGCGGCUCCCACAGCUGGAGAUACAGGGUCGAGUUACGACGAAAAGGAGGUUUCGGACCCGGUCAAUAUGAUUCUGCCUUUGAAAGCCGAACUCCCUGGCAAUGGAUCAUCCGGGACGCAUCGCAAUGCAGCAUGGCAGCAUACCUCGCAUCAUGAAAUGGUAUCGGAGCUGGAUGCAAGUACGAACGCUGAGUUGUAUGCCAGCAGUCCUCAUCAGACUCAUUACAGAAAUGCAAAUUUACAGGGCGGAGACAGGCCGUAUGAAGCCGCAGAGUUACGUUCAUCGACGCCACAGCCGGGCGUAGAGCCCAGUGCGUCGCUCAAUGUCCCAAUGUCGUCGGGGCAAAUACAUCAACGACAAUCGUCCAACGACCAGCAUACUCAAUCAGUAACCCCAGAGAGGAGCGCGGUUCAGCGGCAGUUAUCAGCGGAAGAAAUCACCGCGCUGGAAGAAGAGGAAAAGAGAAUAGACGCUGAAUUGGAAGAGGUGAAGCGAAUGAAGGAACUGAGAGAUCAGAAGAUCGCGAUACAGCAGAAGUUAAGAGAUGCAAAAGGUGUAUCUUGA